AACUAUUGCAAAAACUAUUGCAGAUUUAUGAAAUUUUUUUCUAAAAACUAAUUUUAUUAAAACAACCCUAUUUCCCCCUCUUUCACUCCAUUCCCAUUAACAGGCGCCGCGACGAGAGAGGAACGAGAGGGAACUCCGUCAACACUCCUCUCGUCGAUCCGUCGUUGGGAAUUCGAUCCUCCACAAUCGUCUAGUUGGUAAUCCCGUUUCUUGUCUAUUCUAUUUAAUUAAUUUUAAUUUUAUCAUUUUAUCACUUAAACCCUACCUUUUCGUCGCUCGCCUAAAGCCAUCAGAAGGCCAUCGGAGUGUCGCUUUUUCUGACGCCGGUGCGCCGCCUGCCCUGACUCUGGUUUGCGACCUCACUAACGCUUGAGCUCUGAAUGCCCUGACGCCGGACUAGAUUUGUCCUUUGACGCCGGUUUGAGGUUUUGCUGAAAAUUUGCAACCGCAUGUAGGAAGAUUAUAAGGAUUUAAGCAAAUUGGUGUGCUUUUGCUUUGAGUUGGUUCCUUUCUAAGUGUUGUAGAAUUUAUCACCAUGAAAAGGAAGGAGCACUGGUGGAUGUACGAUAGAUAUGACGGCCGUAACUUUAGGUCCGAGUUCUUGAAUGGGGUCGACGAAUAUAUUGCGUUUUGCAAAGCAAAUCCCGAGAGCCCGGGGUUAGAUGAAGUUAGAUGCCCUUGUGUGAAAUGCUAGAAUAAACGUUUGUUACCUGCUGACACGGUGAAACUUCAUUUGUAUAAGAAGGGGUUCUUACCUGAAUACUUUGAUUGGGUUUCUCACGGGAAGGGUUCCCUCAAUCAACUGAUGAGCAACCUAAUCCAUACCAUGAAAUGAUCUUUGAUGCUCUUGGGAAUAACCUUGAAACGUUGGGUCAUACUAAGACUAGUGACGGUGUUGAGGAAGAGCCUAAUGAUCAAGCCAAAGAGUUUUUUUAACCUUUUACAGGCAUCCCAGAAACCACUGUACAAGGGGAGCUCCAUGUCUAUGUUGGAAAUGGCUUCUAGAAUUGUAUCUAUCAAGUGAAUACAAUUUGCCUCAUCGGUGUGGUGAUGCAUUUGCUUCUUUACUAUAUGAGGCAUUACCUAACAACAUGGGUAAGACAUUUUCACAAAGAAGAUUCUUAAAGGUUUGGAGCUUCCCCACGAGAAAAUUCAUGUGUGCCCGAAAGGUUGUAUGUUAUUUUGGAGAGCUGAUGCACAGUUGGACAAGUGUAGAGUGUGUAAAAGCAACAAAUACAAGAAAACUUCACAAGGGUCUUUGGUUCCGUUGAAAGUCCUCACUUAUUUCCCAAUCACUCCUAGGUUGCAAAGGUUGUUUGAAACCAAGAAUGUUGCUGAAGAAAUGACUUGGCACUCUAAAAAUCCCCGAGUCCAAGACAUCAUGGUACAUCCUAGUGAUAGUGAAGCUUGGAAGCACUUGGACACAUCAUUUCCUGAGUUUGCAUCAGAACCUUGUAAUGUGCGACUCAGAUUGUGUACCGAUGGGUUUGCUCCACAUGAUAAGUUCUGUGGUCAAUAUUCAUGUUAGCCGGUGAUUUUAACCCCUUACAGCUUGCCUCCUUCUAUGUCCAUGAAAAACCAUUCAUGCUCUUGUUGUUGCUUAUUUCGGGUCUUAAGAAUCCAAAAGGGAAUUUGGAUGUUUACAUGCAUUCUCAAGUCUAUGAGUUGAAGCAAUUGUGGGAUGUUGGUGCAACAGCUUAUGACAUUUCUAGAAAGCAGAAUUUUAAUCUGCGUGCUGCCAUUUUGUGGACCAUUAGUGAUUUUUCAGCCUAUGGUAUGCUUUCUGGUUGGUCUACAGCCGGGAAAAAGGCUUGCCUUAACUGUAUGGACAAGGCAAAAACACUUUGGCUUGACCAUGAAGGUAAAGCCUCGUGGUUUGAUUUUCGCAAACAAUUCCUUUCUAUUGAUCACCCAUUAUGAACAAUAAAGUCGCCUUCUGUAGAAACAAGGUGGAGAAGGGUCAUCCACCACACAUCAUGUCCGGCGAGGAGUUGUGGCAAUGUGUUAAAGACAUGCCAAAGGCCACGGAUCGCCUUAAAGCUCUCGCAAGACUUAAGAAGUCGAAAAAGAGUUGGUUCAAACAAAGCACUUUAUGGGAGCUACCGUACUGGAAGACUCUAUUGGUAUGCCAUAACCUAGAUGUCAUGCAUAUUGAGAAGAAUUUUUUCAACCAACUAAUUCACACUGUUAUGGAUGUGAAAUAAAAGACUUGCGACACACCCGCCUCCCGAAAAGAUAUUGCCAAGUUUUGUAAACGUCCACGGCUCUAUGUUAUGGAGGAUGCUCGAGGAAACAAAACUCUACCAAAGGCCCCAUUCACCCUCAAUAGGGCCCAGAAACAAGUGCUAUGCAAUUGGGUCAAAGAUUUGAAGUUUCCAGACGGUUAUGCUUCUGACUUGGCAAGGUGCGUAGCCUUAUUAUCGUGCAAGCUACAUGGUAUGAAAAGCCACGAUUGCCAUGUCUUCAUGGAGAGAUUGUUACCGGUUACUUUUAAGGAAUUGUUGCCUGUUCAUGUGUGGAAAGCCAUUACGGAAAUAAGUUUAUUCUUUCGUGACUUGUGUUGCUCCACUAUCACCUUAAGUGACAUUGAAAGGUUGGAACACAACAUUGCUGAGAUAUUGUGUAAGCUUGAGAAGAUAUUUCCACCAUCAUUCUUCCAUUCCAUGGAACGCUUACCUGUCCACUUGCCAUAUGAAGCUCGGUUAUGUGGACCUGUUCAUUACCGGUGGAUGUAUCCAUUUGAAAGGUUCCUUAAUCAUUUGAAACGCAAAAUCGGCAACAAAGCCCGCGUUGAACGGUCCAUUUGCAUGGCAUACCUUGCUGAAGAGAUUUCAAACUUCUGUAGCAACUACUUCCAGGACGGUGUAGAUACAAAAACUAGGGGCUUAUCACGAAAAGUCAAUCUUAAUGUUGAGAAUACCUUAGAUCAAAAUGUACCAGAAUGCUUUAGGGUUGAUUGCGGACGUUCUUCCACUGGUGGUGUUCUUCGGUUCAUGGAUGAGGUUAAACUUAUACGGGCACACUUGUAUGUGUUAACAAAUACUGGAAUUUUAGAAGACUAUAAGAGGGGUUUCGAGGAGUAUAUUGUACAAACCCGACCUAUAAUCCGUAAAGAAGAUGUGUGGGUUCGUCAUGAAGUUGAGUUCCUCGAGUGGUUUAGGAAAAAAGUGAUUGAAGAUAAGCCAGAUAAUUAUGUACUAUUUGCUUUGGCAAUGGGUCCAUCUAAGCGAGUGCGCACUUGGAACCAAUACUAUGUGAACGGAUACAAUUUUCAGACUCAUGAACAUGGAAAACAUAAAUCCACCCAAUACUAUGUGAACGGAUACAAUUUUCAGACUCAUGAACAUGGGAAACAUAAAUUCACCCAAAACUACGGUGUUGUGUGUCAAAUAAGGAAGGUGGAGACUACUUUGGUAUCUUGCAGGAUGUCAUUGAACUCGAGUUCACUAAUGCCAGCAGAGUUUAUAAAACUGUUUUGUUCAAGUGCAGUUGGAUGGACCGUACGAGGGGCAUGAAUGUUGAUCAUUAUAAGCUCGUAAAAGUCAAUCAUACAAAGAAAUACCCGAAGUACGAUCCUUUUGUGCUAUCUCACCAAGCAAAGUAGGUGUAAUUUGCACCCUACCCUAGUCUGAAAAAAGAUCGUUGUUAAUGGUGGGCUGUGUUUAAGACAAAGGCAAGGUCGUUUGUUGAUGCUCCAAUAGACCUCGGCUUUAUACAAGAAACACAUGUAGAGGCACCAACCUUGAGUGCUCCAGAAGAUAUUCCUGGGUACGAGAACGGCGAUGAUGAUUCGGAUGAUGAAGAUAUCCCAAACCUUGAACCCACUUCAGAAGAGUCCAGUUUUGAGUCAACCAAUAGCGAUGAUGACGAGGACGAUCUUUUUUUGGAUUAUGAUAGUGAUGAGGAUUAUUAUAGCGAUGACGGGGAUUCUUGAGAACUUUAGUUUGUGUACUCAGAUAACUAUAUAUGUAAUAAUAUGAACAAUGAAGUGUCUUUGUAAUGUAGAAUAUCGUUCUUCCCUAACUGCUUAAUUCCUUAUUUUUUAUAUUUAUCUUUAUUGUGAUUA